AUGUCGAGGGCGCCGCCGCAGGAAGACCCGUCGCCGACAGGAGUCGCGGUGUCUCCGGAGGUCGAGGCCGCGCUCGCGAGCGGCGGGGCGGUCGUCGCCCUCGAGUCCACCAUCAUCUGCCACGGUAUGCCUUAUCCGAAGAAUCUCCAGACGGCAAUGGAGGUGGAGGCCAUCGUCAGGGAGAACGGCGCUGUUCCUGCCACUAUAGCCAUUCUGGAUGGUGUGCCACAUGUUGGGCUUAACAGUGAACAGCUGAAGAACUUGGCUAUAAGCGGAAGUCAGUUUCAGAAGACAGCUAGAAGAGAUAUCGCACAAGUUGUUGCUUCGGGUGGCAAUGGUGCUACGACAGUCUCUGCCACCAUGUUUUUUGCUCAUAAGGUUGGUAUACCAAUUUUUGUGACUGGGGGAAUUGGAGGCGUACACAGAUACGGUGAAAAAACCAUGGACAUCUCAUCUGACUUAACUGAACUUGGAAAGACUCCUGUGGCUGUUAUUUCAGCCGGUGUGAAGUCCAUUUUGGAUAUCGCACGGACACUAGAGUACUUGGAAACUCAAGGGGUAACUGUUGCUGCUUACAGGACCAACGAAUUUCCAGCUUUCUUCACAGAAACCAGUGGAUGUAAGGUGCCAUGCCGCGUUGAUUCUCCAGAAGAGUGUGCGAAAAUAAUAUAUGCAAACCAGAAUAUGCAUCUAGGAUCUGGAAUUCUUAUUGCAGUGCCAGUUCCCAAGCAACAUGCAGCUUCAGGAAAGGUUAUAGAGUCUGCAAUACAGCAAUCCCUCAAGGAAGCAGAGUACAGUCCCAAUUCAUUGCUCUCUUUUCUCUUUCUUGAUAAAAAGAUAAUAGGAAACGCGAUCACCCCCUUCAUCCUUGACAGAGUGAAAGUACUAACUGGAGGAUCUUCAUUGGAAGCCAAUAUUGCACUUGUGAAGAACAAUGCUCUCACUGGUGCUAAAAUUGCUGUAGCCCUUUCUGAUCUUCGCAAGAGAGUAACAAACAGGCCUGUGAGGUCUGCCCUAUAA